GACCUUCGGCAAUUUGUUGGGUGGCGAGAUUCUGUGAAGAAUUUGGAAUAUUUCCUUCGACUACUCAGAAUGAAGUCGUCCAAGACACCGCUAUGGAUCCUUCGGAUGUCCAACGAGAAGCAGGAUACGUUACUUAAACUUAGUAUUUUGACUAUCGCUUCCAUUUUGUCGUUCUCUUGCCGCUUGUUUUCCGUCUUGAGGUUCGAGAGCGUCAUCCACGAGUUUGAUCCGUACUUCAACUACCGGACAACCCGCUUCCUGGCAGAGGAGGGAUUCUAUAAAUUCCACAACUGGUUUGACGACCGAGCAUGGUACCCUCUUGGGCGUAUCAUUGGGGGGACCAUCUACCCAGGUUUGAUGGUGACCUCUGCUGCCCUCUAUCACACGCUGCAGUUCCUGAAUAUAACAAUCGACAUCCGUAAUGUGUGUGUAUUCUUGGCGCCCGCCUUCUCAAGUUUGACCACCAUUAUCACCUACCAUCUGACUAAGGAACUCAAGGAUGGUAGUGCAGGACUUGUUGCAGCGGCCAUGAUAGCAGUCGUCCCCGGCUAUAUCUCCCGUUCUGUCGCCGGCUCCUAUGAUAACGAGGGUAUCGCCAUCUUCUGUAUGUUGUUCACCUACUACAUGUGGAUCAAGGCGGUAAAGACCGGCUCUCAGUUCUGGGCAGCGCUCUGUGCUCUGGCUUACUUUUACAUGGUGUCAUCUUGGGGAGGCUACGUCUUCCUGAUCAACUUGAUCCCACUGCACGUCCUGGUGCUCAUGAUGACCGGCAGGUUCUCCCACAGGAUUUAUGUUGCCUACUCAACGGUGUACACGCUUGGUACGAUCUUGUCGAUGCAGAUCAGUUUUGUCGGAUUCCAGCCAGUGCAGUCAAGUGAGCACAUGGCGGCUCUCGGUGUCUUCGGCCUCUGCCAGAUCCACGCCUUCAUCGACUACGUUCGCGCCAAAUUGAACCGGGAACAGUUUGAACUCCUCUUCAAGACCGUCGCCCUUAUCCUUGGAAUCGUCGUCACGGCCGUCGGUGGUGUCCUCACCGCGACCGGAAAGAUCUCACCGUGGACCGGUCGUUUCUACUCCCUCUUGGAUCCCUCCUACGCCAAGAACAACAUUCCAAUCAUCGCAUCCGUUUCUGAGCAUCAGCCAACAACAUGGAGUUCAUUCUAUUUUGAUUUGCAGAUCCUCGUCUUUUUGUUCCCGGCUGGUCUCUACUUCUGCUUCAGCAAGUUGACCGACGCGAAUAUCUUCAUCAUUAUGUAUGGAGUGACGAGCAUCUACUUUGCUGGUGUGAUGGUGCGUCUGAUGCUGGUGCUUGCCCCAGUCAUGUGCAUCCUCUCGGGUAUCGGCGUCUCGGCGACUCUCACCACUUACAUGAAGAACCUGGACGUCUGCAGGAAGGACAAGAAAGAAAAGAAGAAAUCCGACACUAACUAUCCAAUCAAAAAUGAGAUUGCGACUGCUGUCAUCCUCCUCAUGACCCUCUUCCUGGUCACAUACACCUUCCACUGCACCUGGGUGACCUCUGAGGCCUACUCCAGUCCCUCAAUUGUCUUGUCGGCACGAGCUGGCGAUGGAGGUAGAAUCAUAUUUGACGAUUUUAGGGAGGCGUAUUACUGGUUGAGACACAAUACUCCAGAGAAUGCCAAAGUAAUGUCAUGGUGGGAUUACGGCUAUCAGAUAACAGCGAUGGCAAAUCGGACGAUCCUGGUCGACAACAACACAUGGAAUAAUACGCAUAUAUCACGGGUUGGUCAAGCAAUGGCGUCGCCGGAGGAAAAAGCAUACGAAAUUAUGCGAGAAUUGGAUGUGGAUUACGUCCUGGUGAUAUUUGGUGGUCUCACUGGAUAUUCAUCUGAUGACAUCAAUAAGUUCUUAUGGAUGGUGCGUAUAGGUGGCAGCACCGACCGUGGUGCCCACAUCAAGGAGCAAGACUACUACACGCCUCAGGGAGAGUUCCGUAUCGACAAGGAGGGCUCACCGACCUUGCUCAACUGUCUCAUGUACAAGAUGUGUUACUACAGAUUUGGCUCAGUUUACACUGAAAAUGGCAAGCCAACUGGUUAUGACAGAGUCCGCAACGCCGAGAUAGGUAACAAAGAUUUUGAACUGGACGUCCUCGAAGAGGCCUACACAACAGAACACUGGCUGGUCCGCAUCUAUAGAGUCAAGGAUUUAGAGAACCGAGGAAACUAGUCUGCUCGUGGUGCCAUCUAUUGUUGUUGACCGUCACUGAUUACCAUAAUGGUCUUGCAGACCAACUGACACACAUCUAUGGCCCAAUUUACAAUUUACUUCAUCAAAAUGAGAUCACAAAAGUUCCUUUACUUCUAUUAGAAAAGGAUCAUACAGUAAAUGGCAGUAUAUGUUGCAGCUAUUGGUUUGACCAUGUCGAAUACAGAUUAUCCUGAAAGGUGAAACAUAAGUCUGUGGUAAAACAGUGUACAUCGUGCAUCUUUGAUAUCCAAAUUUCAGGUUUUCAGAUAUAAUGCCUACUCCAUGUUAAUAUUUAGGAGCCUAAUAUAUGCAUCCAUCUACUUAAUUAUCCAUCCUGCUUGUAUGAAGACUCUAGUUUGUCUCAGUAUUCUUUAUGAAUUGGAAAUGUGUAGCUGGUCAUUUUGUGCUUAGCUUUCGCAACAACGAUUCCUUGAUAUUGUUCAUCUAAAGGUAUCUAUAUUAGAGAAUCUCUGAUACAAUUGGCUUCUGAAUAAAUUGGCCUCGCAGGGUCCUUCACAUCUGUAUCAUCAUGAAGGUUUCUUUACCAUUGGUGUCCAUUUGUCAUCAUCGUACAACUAUCUUCAUUGCUCACGUUUUUCGCUAAAACAUUGUGCUACAAAAUGCAAGGUUUAACAUUUUGCUGUAUUUUUCUACGGUGUUGUGUAAUGUCGGAGUCGUAUAUCAAACCACAUUAGGCCAAACCAGUUUGAUUGUUUGGCUUGCAGAUUUAGCCGGCCAAGACGUUGAUUUCCACAGGCCAAGGAAUUGAAGUGGCAUGGCCUUUUUGGCCACCAUGGUGUAAAUUGGUGGCUUGUCCGCAAUGAUUGGUUGUGCCGAGGCAGAAUGGUUGUUCUUUGUUUAGAGAUUGCUAUAGAUUCUAAAAAUUUGGUACAGAAUGUGGCGUUGUGGCAUCAUGUUUUAAUAUGAAUAAAAUAAUCACUUACUGCA